UUGAUUGUAUAACAAUUUCACAAAAUACGUGUGUAUCAAAUAGACACAUUGUAUACCAUCAAAUUGUAGAAUUUUAUUCAUCAGUUAUACUUCAACAAACUGGAAAAAAAAAUCAGGUGUGUAAGUAUUAACAAUGCUGGUUGUAAAUUAAAACUAAGCAUCAUAUUUUUGGUGUCAAAAUGUUAGACAUUUGUAAGAAAACAUGUAUAAGUGUUCUGCCUCUUGGAUGAGACCAUUUUAAAUUAAGCUGUAAAAAAAAAGUACUGACAAUACAGUUCACUUUCAGUAAUCUGGGUUUUCCCAAAUAGUGACAUGAAAGCCAGUCAUUUCGAAUCAGACAGUUUGAGUUUCUCUUCAAGAAUCUGAAAUGUAGGUCAGGGUUCUGCUGACAUUUCCAUUGAUCUCAGAGCUGAAAACCUGAAGCGAUCACUGACAGGCAGGCAGUGUGGAAAGAAGACAUGACACAGCCAACAAGGGUAGCACCCUGGCUCUGAAGUGGAAUUAUGUGCUUCAAACAGGUUGAAAGAAGGAAACAAUCUUUUCCUGCUUCCAGACAUGAAUCAGGUCACUAUUCAAUGGGAUGUGGCGAUAGCUCUCUACAUAUUCUUCAGUUGGUGUCAUGGAGGAAUUACAAAUAUAAACUGCUCUGGACACAUCUGGGUAGAACCAGCCACAAUUUUUAAGAUGGGUAUGAAUAUCUCUAUAUAUUGCAAAGCAGCGAUUAAGAACUGCCAACCAAGGAAACUUCAUUUUUAUAAAAACGGCAUCAGAGAAAGAUUUCAAAUCACAAGGAUUAACAAAACAACAGCUCGGCUUUGGUAUAAAAACUUUCUGGAACCACACGCUUCUAUGUACUGCACUGCUGAAUGUACCAAACAUUUUCAAGAGACACUGAUAUGUGGAAAAGACAUUUCUUCUGGAUAUCCGCCAGAUGUUCCUGAUGAGGUAACCUGUGUCAUUUAUGAAUAUUCAGGCAACAUGACUUGCACCUGGAAUGCUGGGAAGCUCACCUACAUAGACACAAAAUACGUGGUGCAUGUGAAGAGUUUAGAGACAGAAGAAGAGCAACAAUAUUUCACCUCAAGCUAUGUUAACAUCUCCACUGAUUCAUUACAAGGUGGUAAGAAGUAUUUGGUUUGGGUCCAAGCAGCAAAUGCACUAGGCAUGGAGGAGUCAGAACAACUGCAGAUUCACCUGGAUGAUAUAGUGAUACCUUCUGCAUCCAUCAUUUCCAAGGCUGAGACUAUAAAUGCUACAGUGCCCAAGACCAUAAUUUAUUGGUAUAGUCAAACAACAAUUGAAAAGGUUUCCUGUGAAAUGAGAUACAAGGCUACAACAAACCAAACUUGGAAUGUUAAAGAAUUUGACACUAAUUUUACAUAUGUGCAGCAGUCAGAAUUCUACUUGGAGCCAAACAUUAAGUACGUAUUUCAAGUGAGAUGUCAAGAAACAGGCAAAAGAUACUGGCAGUCUUGGAGUUCUCCGGUUUUCCAUAAAACACCUGAAACAGUUCCUCAGGUCACACCAAAAUCACUCCAACAUGACACAUGGAAUUCUGGACUUCUAGUUUCUUCCAUCUCUACAAGACACCUUACUUCUGGCAACAGAGAUGACAUUGGACUUUUAUUGGGAAUGAUCAUCUUUGCUGUUGUGUUGUCAAUUCUUUCUUUGAUUGGGAUACUUAACAGAUCACUCAGAACUGGAAUUAAAAGACGAAUCUUAUUUUUAAUACCAAAGUGGCUUUAUGAAGAUAUUCCUAAUAUGAAAAACAGCAAUGUUGUGAAAAUGCUACAGGAGAAAAGUGAACUUAUGAAUAAUAAUUCCAGUGAACAGGUCCUAUAUGUUGAUCCCAUGAUUACAGAGAUAAGCGAAAUCGUUAUCCCACAACACAGGCCUGCAGACUACAAGAAGGGAAAGAAUACAGGACCCCUGGAGACAAGAGACUACCUUCAAAACUCGCUAUUCGACAACACCACGGUUGUGUAUAUUCCUGAUCUCAACACUGGAUAUAAACCCCAAAUUUCAAAUUUUCUGCCUGGAGGAAACCGUCUCAGCAAUAAUGAUGAAAUCACUUCCUUAACACUUAAACCACCAUUUGAUUCCUUAGACUUAGGAAAUAAUUCCAGGUUAAAAAAGCAUCCUAAUUUUGCUUUUUCUGUCUCAAGUGUGAAUUCACUGGGCAACACACUAUUUCUUGAAGAAUUAAGCCUCAUAUUAAAUCAAGGAGAAUGCAGUCCUCCUGACAUACAAAACUCAAUAGAUAAGGAACCCACCACGCUUUUGGAAAACGAUUCACCCAAUGAAACUAUUCCAGAACAGACCCUGCUUCCUGAUGAAUUUGUCUCCUGUUUGGGGAUCCUGAAUGAGGAGUUGCCAUCUACUAAUUCUUAUUUUCCACAAAAUAUUUUGGAAAGCCACUUCAAUAGGAUUUCACUCCUGGAAAAGUAGAGCUGUAAGGUCAAAAUCAAUAUGACAAAGCUACUUUGAAAUCUGAACUUGAGUUUUUCCUGCAAUAGAAAUGGAAUUCAACCUGUUUUUGAAAAAAUUUAUCCACAUACAAAUCUUCAUGUGGACACAUGUUUUCAUUUCCCUUGGAUGAAUACCUAGGUGGGGGUUGCUGGGCCUUAUGAUAAGCAUAUGUUUCAGUUCUACCAAUCUCAUUUCCAGAAUAGUGGCAUUCUGUGUUCCUACUAUCAACAUGUGAAAAUUCCAGGAGCGCCACAGCCUUUUAAUUUUAGCCAUUCUUCUGCCUCAUUUCUUUCUUUCUUUUUUUUUUUUUUUUUUAUCCUAUUUCAAAGCUACUGAAAAUCAAACUGCCUCAUUUCUUAAAAUUAGAGAAUUAAGAUCUGAAGGUGGAACAUGCUUCAUGGUCACACAGGCACAAAACCAGCAUUAUUUGGAUACCUCCUAUAUUUUUUAUAAAGCAUCACCUAUUUCCUCUUUAUUUCCCCUCACUGAAAGAUGCAAAACAGCUCUCUAUUAUAUAAAGAAAGGAUAAAUCAUGCAAAAUAUCUGGUAGUAAAAUACAUCCUGAAAAUUGUCCUUUAAAAUAGAAUUAGGCUGGGCGUGGUGGCUCAUGCCUUUAAUCCCAGCACUUUGGGAGGCUGAGAUGGGUGGAUC